AGCAUGUUAUAGCCUGCGAGGCACGAAAGGGUUCAGUUCGGUUUUUAUGGUCUCACAAGAACACCUUCAGACUUCGGGAACACAUCACAGAGCGAUAACAAACCAUAAAAAGGAUCAAAAAUUCUUCUACAAUGAGUAACAUGAGUCUCCCACCUCUGACAAACCCCACCCCUGAACCGGAAGGUAGCGCUGUGAGCAAUACCUAUUUUACAGCCAUUGGUGCCCUCAUCCUCAGCUUGGUCUUCCUCCUGGGUGUCCCUGGAAAUCUCUUCAUUGUCUGGAGCAUCCUGGCCCGCACACGCCAACGCUCAGUCACCACCCUCCUCAUCCUCAACUUGGCAUGUGCUGAUGGGUUCCUCAUGGCUCUCACCAUCUUUUUCAUCAUCUACCUGGUCAUGCAGACGUGGGUCUUUGGUAACGCCAUGUGCAAAAUUGUGUUCUACCUGUGCAACUCCAACAUGUAUGCGUCAAUCGUUCUGAUAACCCUGAUGAGCGUGAACAGGCUGUUGGCCAUAGUCUUUCCACACACACUGUAUCGCCUGAUCACCAGGAAAGUUGUGAGGAGGAUGAUCCUAGGCACAUGGGUGUUCGUGAUGGUCAUUUCCAUUCCCUCAUUGGUGUUUCGACGCAUAAGACAAGAUUUUGCUCAAGACAAAAUAAAACUUGUGUGUGCACCCAAUCACACACUGCCUGAACAUGUGAGGUUUCAGUACACCACUGAGACAGUGGCAGGAUUCAUUAUUCCUUAUGCAAUCAUUAUAACCAGCUACGUUCUCAUCCUGAAACGCCUGAGGGAGACCAGGUUUCAACGAAAUUUCCGCAGCGAGAAACUCAUCCUGGCUAUCGUCAUCAUGUUUGGCCUGUUCUGGUUGCCGUACCACGUCGUCAACAUGAUACAGGUGGUAGCUGCGUGGUACCCAAAAAACUCAGAAACAAGAAAACGAUUGCAUGGUAUGGCUGAGUCAACCCGAGCAGUGACCUCAACUUUGGCCUUCAUGAGCAGCUGUGCUAACCCCGUCCUCUACACCUUUGCUGGGAAAUCCUAUAUCAAGAAAAAUGGCUUUGCCUUUAUGGCUAAACUGUUUGAGGGAAUAUCAUUGGACACAGGAACCAAAACCACGCGGUUCACAGCAAAAGACGAUCUGGGAAAGAAUAACGUUGAUUCCAACACAGUAUAUUUAGAAUCUGAUAACAGAGUUUAAGUGGAAGUAAGAGGCACAGGCACUUUUGCCUGCAUGCACCUGAAUAUCUGUAAAGUGUAUGGGACUGUACAAUUUUUUUGGAAUAUCCAUCCAUCAAAUAAAAUUGUGAUAAUAUUAUGUGUAUGUGAGAAUGCUAUCUAACAUAGAAAUCAGACUAAGUUGAGUGAUUUCAUGUUCAGUGUGUUAAUUUAUAGUCAGGUGAACGAAUGAAGAUGGGAUGCUUGGGGAAGUUUGCGAAGUUUGGCCUUACACAGAGACACAGAUUGAAUAAAUGCUUUAUAUGACACUGUGUGGGAUGUGUUCACAGCUAGUGUGAUAUUUGUAAUUCCUCAUUAGCAUUUGUGAGCAGCUAUAUUUCCCUUAUAAAAAGACACUGUAUUAA